AGGCGUCUCUUCAGUUUUCCUGUGUUCUACCGUUUUACGUGGAAGACAGUUGACACAAACAGUGACUGUUUUUAUGUUUUAACCACCAACAAAAUAUUGUGAAUGACACAGUGUGACUAACGGACGACUGUGUCGGGUAUAGGUGCAUUCUUUCGAUAUGAGAACAGGCUAGCAUGCUUUGUGGAAGCGUUUUCCUGAUGGAAACAGUAUUCGGAAUAUUACGGUAAAGUGCUGCUCCAGCUACAGGAAAUCACUCUCAUUACCAAACAGCGUCAACAAACUACUACCGCACGUCCAGAACACAGUCAGCGUUACAGAGACUCUCCCCACCAUGACAGAGAUGUUCUCCUCCCUCUACGGCCAGGCUGACACUCAGGGACCUCCGGGACCCUCCGCCAUGGGCUUCGGUCCCGGGAAGCCACUCGCCCCGCCGGUAGCCCAGAAUCCGGUCCACAUGUCGGUGGGGAUUCCGCACCAGUUGGUGGAUGAAGGGCCUCCGCUCAGAAAGCCUGGUGCCAUGAAUGAACCGUUUUACUUACUGCGGGAGCUGCCGAUGGAGAACGAGCUGACAGGAAACACCAACCUCAUCACACACUACAACCUGGAGCACUCAUACAACAAGUUCUGUGGCAAGAAAGUGAAGGAGAAGCUCAGCAACUUCCUCCCAGAGCUUCCUGGAAUGAUUGACAAUCCAGGUCUUCAGGAUGGAAGUUCUUUACGCUCCCUCAUCGAGAAACCUCCAGUGUGCAACAACUCCUUCAGCCCUCUGACUGGAGCCAUGCUGACUGGCUUCAGGCUACACACAGGCCCACUUCCAGAACAGUACAGACUGAUGCACAUUCAGCCUCCAAAGAAGAAGAGCAAACACAAGCACAGACACCAUCGACCCCAGGACCCUUUACCACCAGAAACACCCUCAGACUCAGACCACAGGAAAAAGAAGAAGAAGAAGGACGAUGAUCCUGACAGAAAGAAAAAGAAGAAGGAUAAGAAAAAAAAGAAGAACCGCCAUAGCCCUGACCACCCGGGCAUGACCGGCUCUCAGCCCAGCAGCAGCAGUCUGAGAUAGGAGAGAGAGAGUGUGUGUGUGUGUGUGUGUGAGAGAGAGAGACAAUUCAUUGUAAAUAGCAUUGAAACAAAAGUGGUUUUAAAUGUGUGAGUGAAGGGAGAAUGGUGUGUUUUUACUCAAAUGUUUCUGUCUGUGUGUGUGUGUGUGUGUGUGUGUGUGCACGCUAUAUGCGUCAGUAUGAAACACCUGAAAGAGAAUCGGCAGCGAACCAUGUCUGUUACACCUGUUCAUAAUCAUUCAAGUGCCUCUGUUUUUUAUUUAUCUUAUGAAGACUCAAUCAAGUACACCUUGAUAUCUUUAUGACGUUAUUAAAAAAACUUGAUAAAUGUUU